AUGGCCGACCACCCGGAAAAAGAUCCUCGAAAAGAUCUCCAGACGCCGGAUGCGCUCGCCGCCAUCGUCGCACAGCAGGACGAGCCGGCACCCACUACCGAUACGACAGACGUGCAACCCAGCGACAAGAGCGACAGCGCCGAGUCGCACAGCGUUGACAAUGAAAAGUCGCACAGGCUGUCCGAAGCUCACGAAGACAAUGAGCUAACGCCCACCCGAACCAACGCCACCGACGCGAGCGUUGGAACGACCGCCACCGGACUCCCGCCGCAGGAAAAAAAGACAUGGAAGCAAAAGCUCAACCCUCUCCGCUGGGGAGGUAUUCCGGAAAUUCCCCAGGAACGUAUUGUCUCCCGAGAACAUGGCGCUAGCUUUUUCAGCAAGCUCUUCUUCAACUGGAUGACGCCCCUCAUGACGACUGGAUACAAGAGACAGUUGCACGAACGUGAUCUCUGGGCCGUGAACCCCGAACGAGGUGCCGAAGUUCUGACUGACAAAGUGAGGGCCGCUUUCAAGGUAAGAGUGGCAAAGGGCUCCAAGCGCCCGCUCGCGAUGGCCCUCUACGACAGCUUUACGUUUGAGUUCUGGCUUGGUGGAUUCUGCGCCUUCAUCUCGACCAUGUUGCAAGUCAUCGCGCCCUUUACCCUUCGAUACCUGAUUAAAUUCGCCACCAAGGCGUACUAUGCCCACGUCCAACACACCGAACCACCCCACAUUGGAGAGGGAGUUGGUCUCGCCGUCGGAAUCACAGCGAUGCAGGUCGUCGGUAGUCUUUGCAUCGGUCAUUUCAUCUAUCGCGGCAUGAUGCUUGGUGGACAGAGCCGUGCCGUUUUGAUAGGCAUGAUUUAUGACAAGUCUAUGGUCAUCUCUGGUCGUGCUAAAGCUGGCACUUCCAAGGAAGCCCUGGCAGCUGAAGGUGGCAAUGAAGAACCAGACGCUGCGAAACCUGAUGACGGGAAAAAAUCGAAAAAAGACAAAAAGAGUAAAGGUGCCCAGCCAAAUGAGAUUGGUUGGGCGAAUGGUCGCAUCGUCAACUUGAUGAGUGUCGAUACCUACCGCAUUGAUCAGGCCUGCGCUCUGGGCCACUUUAUCUGGACCGCACCAAUCGCUUGUAUCGUCACCCUGGUUCUACUCAUUGUCAACCUGACUUAUAGCGCUUUGGCUGGCUUUGGUCUGCUUGUCCUCGGCGUGCCGCUUCUCACAAAGGCUAUUCAAAGUCUCUUCGCUCGCCGUAAGACCAUCAACAAGAUUACUGAUAAGCGUGUGUCGUUGACACAAGAAAUCAUCCAAUCGGUUCGCUUUGUCAAGUAUUUCGGUUGGGAGACGGCGUUUUUGGAGCGCUUGGCGGAGAUUCGCUCCAAGGAAAUUUACUCCAUCCAGAUUUUGCUGGCCACUCGAAAUGCAAUCAACUCUGUCAGCAUGGCCAUGCCCGUUUUCGCUUCCAUGCUGUCCUUUAUCACUUACCGCCUGACAAACCACGGUCUUGAGCCUGCAGAAGUCUUUUCAUCGCUUGCUCUGUUUAACAGUCUUCGUAUUCCGCUGAACUUGUUACCCUUGGUUCUUGGACAGGUCAUCGACGCCGCGUCAUCUAUCGCUCGAGUAGAGGAGUUUCUCCUCGAGGAAGAACAGGAAGAAGAUAUUGUUAUGAAGCCAGACGGUGAGCACGCCAUUGAGAUGAACGAUGCAUCGUUCACGUGGGAGCGCACCAAGAAACAGGAGGCAGAACUGCCCACCGACCCCAAGGAGAAAAAGGCUGCUGCCGCUGCCGCUAAGCAGGCCAAGGCGCAGCUCAACUCUACAAAUCCUGUUGAAGAGGAUGGACCGAAAGAGCCUACUCGUGGCGAGGAGCGAGAGCCAUUCAAACUGCAGGGGCUCAACUUUACCGCUGGACGAAAGGAACUCUUGGCUGUCAUUGGCUCCGUGGGUUGCGGAAAGAGCUCUCUUCUUGCAUCCUUGGCGGGUGACAUGCGCAAGACAGAAGGUGAAGUCGUAUUUGGCGCUUCGAGAGCUUUCUGCCCUCAGUAUGCCUGGAUUCAAAACACUUCCCUGCAGAACAACAUUACCUUCGGAAAGCCUCUGGAAAAGCCCUGGUAUAAGGAGGUCAUCGACGCGUGCGCCCUGCAGUCCGAUCUCGACAUGCUGCCCAACGGCGACCAGACCGAAAUCGGCGAGCGCGGCAUCACCAUUUCUGGAGGCCAGAAGCAGCGACUCAACAUCGCACGUGCCAUCUACUUUGAUGCCGACAUUGUCCUGAUGGAUGAUCCCCUCAGUGCCGUCGACGCCCACGUCGGUCGUCACAUCUUUGACAAUGCCAUUCUUGGGCUGCUCAAGGAGAAGUGCCGUAUCUUGGCCACGCAUCAGCUUUGGGUUCUGAACCGGUGCGACCGCAUCAUUUGGAUGGACAAUGGCAAGAUUCGCGCCAUUGACACCUACGAUAACCUCAUGCGUGAUGAGGAGGGUUUCCGCACUCUGAUGGAGACCAAUGCUGUGGACAAGGAGGAGGAGGAAGAGGAGGUGAAGCCUGAUGCGACGAUUGAAGAGGUCGAGGAGAAGAACAAGAUGGAGCGUGUGGAAACCUCGGCCGAGGACCGAGCUAAGCAGAAGAAGAAUAAGAAGCAGGCCAUGCUCAUGCAGCAGGAGGAACGAGCCGAAAAGUCUGUUCCGUGGUCUGUUUAUGCAGGCUAUCUCCGGGCUUCCGGCAGCGUCUUCAACCUGCCCUUCCUCGCUCUCGUGCUCAUCCUCUCCCAAGGAGCCAACAUUGUCACCAGCCUGUGGCUCUCGUGGUGGACCUCGAACAAGUUUGGCUACACCGACGGCGUCUACAUUGGUGUGUACGCGGCGCUCGGUGCCAGUCAGGCAUUUCUGAUGUUUGCCUUUUCCGUGCUGCUGACAGUUCUCGGUACCACGGCUAGCAAGAGCAUGCUGCGCGACGCCGUCACACGCGUGCUCCGCGCGCCCAUGUCCUUUUUCGACACGACGCCCCUGGGCCGCAUCACGAACCGCUUCUCGCGCGACGUCGACGUCAUGGACAAUAACCUAACGGAUGCCAUCCGCAUGUUCUUCUUCACGCUUGCCAACGUCACGGCCGUCUUCAUCCUUACCAUUGCGUACUACUACUACUUUGCGGCUGCGCUGGUGCCCCUCUACAUUCUUUAUAUGAUUGCGGGAACGUAUUACCGGUCAUCGGCGCGCGAAGUGAAGCGCUACGAAUCUGUGCUUCGCUCCAGCAUGUUUGCGCGCUUCAGCGAGGGCCUGAGCGGCGUCUCGUCCAUCCGUGCCUAUGGUCUCCGCGAACGCUUCAUGAAGGACCUUCGCACGUCGAUUGACCAGAUGAACGGUGCCUAUUACCUCACCUUUGCCAAUCAACGCUGGCUCUCUGUGCGACUGGACAUGAUUGGCAACGUCCUCGUGUUUGUCGUUGCCAUUCUUGUUGUCACAUCUCGGUUUACCGUCAGCCCGUCCACCGGCGGUCUGGUCUUGAGUUAUAUGCUGUCCAUUGUGCAGAUGCUGCAGUUCUCCAUUCGCCAACUCGCCGAGGUGGAAAACGGCAUGAACGCCGUCGAGCGCCUCCGCUACUACGGCCACGAGCUGGAAGAGGAAGCUCCCCUGCACACGGUCGAUGUGCGUCCCACCUGGCCCGAAAAGGGUGAGAUUAAGUUUGAAAACGUCGAGAUGCGGUACCGCCCCAACCUGCCGCUCGUGCUCAAGGGUCUGUCCAUCCACGUCCAGGGCGGCGAGCGCAUCGGCGUUGUCGGCCGAACCGGCGCGGGCAAGUCGUCCAUCAUGAGCACGUUGUUCCGUCUCGUUGAAAUCUCUGGCGGCAAAAUUACCAUUGACGGGCUGGACAUCUCCACCAUUGGUCUCGGUGACCUGCGCAAACGUCUCGCCAUCAUCCCGCAGGACCCGACACUCUUCCAGGGCACCGUGCGCUCCAACCUCGAUCCCUUCCAGGAGCACGACGACCUCAAGCUGUGGUCUGCGCUCCGCCAGGCCGAUCUCGUCGGCGCCGAGGGUACCGUGACUGAUCACUCGGACACAUCGCGCAUUCACCUCGACAGCAUCGUCGAGGACGAGGGUCUCAACUUUUCACUCGGCCAGCGACAGCUGAUGGCUCUCGCGCGUGCACUCGUCCGUGGCGCGCAGAUUAUUGUCUGCGACGAGGCGACGUCGAGCGUCGACAUGGAGACGGACGACAAGAUUCAGCGCACCAUGGCCGCGGGCUUCCGCGGCAAGACGCUACUGUGCAUUGCGCAUCGUCUGCGCACGAUUAUCGGUUAUGAUCGGAUCUGCGUCAUGGACGCGGGCCGAAUCGCGGAGUUGGAUACGCCGGCAAAUCUGUACCGCAAUGUGGAUGGUAUAUUCCGCGGCAUGUGUGACCGCAGCGGCAUCUCGUUGGGUGAUAUUGAGAUGGCGUCGCAUACGAUGGCGACGAUUGAUGGCAGCACGAGCUCUGCGCCGCGUAUUGCGGAAGCGCAAGCGUAA